AUGACUGACCCGGGGACGAAGAUAUCCUUCGCUUUUGGCGGAGCAGGUAAUCAUCAUGGAGCUUCUAGCAGCUCUGGAUCAGCCGCAGCGCCCAUGUCGAACAUGGCAAAGCUGCUAGCACAAGCUCAAGCCAAAAGUACUCCCGCCGGCAAUCUGUUCGGAGACGAUGAUGACGAAGAUAGUGGACGACAAUCAGGACCUAGCCUAGCUGGUCCUUCGAAGCCUCAGGCAACGAGACCAGGAGAAAAGAAACCCAUCUCUCGAGCUGAAAGACGCGCACAGGAGGAAGCGCUGCGAGUUGAUGCGACAGUCUUCGACUAUGAUGGCGUAUAUGAUGGGAUGAAAGCUGCUGAACGAGAAAUUGAAAGGGCAAAGAAGGAAGAGACGGCCGAGCGGAAACCUAAAUACACUGAGAGUUUUCUGGCUGCGGCUCAGACUCGGAAGCUGGAUCGACUGAGAGCGGAGGAGAAAAUGUUACAGUUGGAGCGGGAGAAAGAGGGCGGACAAUUCGAUGAUAAGGACAAGUUUGUUACCGAGGCGUAUAAGAAACAGAUGGAGGAGGUCAGAAAGGCCGAAGAGGAGGAAAGGAUACGAGAGGAGGAAAUCAGAAAGAGCAAGAAAGGGACUGGACUCAGUGCAUUCUAUCAGACAAUGCUGGAUGAUGAUUCGAAGAGGCACGCUGCCGCUGUGGCUGCGGCGCACGGGUCGACGGACUCUGGACCAAACCUGUCUAUUCGACCCCCAACUCAACCGGACUACGAACCUGAAGUCGAGUAUGAUCCUUUUCUCGCUCAAGAGGCGAGAGCGAGACAGACCGGGACGGAGGCGUCGGGCUCCUCUUCGCAGAGGAACGCAGGGACGACCUCUACAUCUGAGGACACUGGUAAAGAAGUUGUGAUCAAUGACGAUGGCGAGGUGGUCGACAAACGAUCACUCUUGAAAGCCGGUCUCAACAUCAUGAAGAAGCCUUCCGCCAACCUUCCAGACUCUCUUCUCACAUCUCAACGCUCGGGACAGACGAUGGACGGUCCAUACAAAUCACGGGCAGUGGGAACCGCAGCUUCGUAUCAAGAGCGCAUGGAACGAGAGAGAAAACGAUUGGCAGAGGAAUUGAAGCGGGAUGCAGAGAGGAAGAAGGAAGCUGAAGAAGAAGCUCAACGGGCAGAAGAAGAAGCUGCGAGGAAGAGAAGAGAGGGUAACGAUGGGGAAGCAAUGAAGAAGAGAGAAGAAGCGAGAUUAAGAUUCUUGGAACGAAAGAGGGCAAGAGAGCAGGAGCAGGAAGAAAAGAGCAAAAAGGCAAAAAAGGAUGAGGAAGAUGACAGUUGA